AAGCAGAGAAAAAGCUGCAUCUUCUUCACUCGCACUUUUUGCGAUAUUCUCUCCAAAAAUUACUCAGUACACUCACAUCUCUUAAGCAGGCUCCAUUUUUACUUGGGGGGAUAUAUGCUCUUUAUCCCUUUUCACUUCCACGGCAUUUUCGUCACUAUUCUUACCAUUUUUCUCUCAUUUCCGGAGUUUACAGAAUCAGAAGUUUCUUCUGUGUGGUCGAUUUUCCGUGUCUGAGAUCUAUCUUCAAGAAAAAAUCAGUUUUUUCUCUGAGAAUCUGAAGUUUUCUCUUGAAGGUUGGUGUCGGCUUCUGCUUAGCAUCUAAUUUUGGAAGGAAAAAAUGUCACACAAGGUGACUCCAUCCAUGCAGUCACUUAAAUCUUUGCCGGCAGAUUAUAGAUUUGAUGGUUCACCAGUCUCUGAUCGCCUUGAAAGUUCUUCUGGCUCAAGUGUUGGCUUGACCAAUUCGAGUAUUCCGAGAAAAGGUGGCUUAAGGAAUGGUGUUAGUCCAAGUGAUAAUGCUACUGCUGGAGAUAGUGAGGAUUCACCAUAUAGCAGGCACUGUGUAUCCGUUGAAGAGCAGUCUUUAACCGAUGAUGUGGAUCCUGGUUCUGCUACAAUGCCCUUGCCUCAGAGUGAUGAACGCAGGUGGAGUGACACUAGUGCAUAUGCUCGGAAGAAGAUACUGCAAUCUUGGUUUCAACUUCCAAAUGGUAACUGGGAGCUCGGGAAGAUAUUGUCAACUUCAGGAGAGGAGUCUGUUAUUUCUUUGCCUGAGGGAAAAGUUAUAAAAGUCAUAUCAGAGACUCUAGUACCUGCAAAUCCGGAUAUUCUUGAUGGAGUGGACGAUCUUAUGCAACUAAGUUACUUAAAUGAGCCAUCAGUGUUGUACAACCUCAACUAUAGGUACAACCAAGAUAUGAUAUAUACAAAAGCAGGGCCAGUUUUGGUGGCUGUGAAUCCUUUCAAGGAGGUUCCUUUAUACGGAAAUCGCUACGUUGAAGCAUACAGGAAGAGAUCAAAUGAAAGUCCUCAUGUCUAUGCAAUUGCAGAUACAGCAAUUCGCGAAAUGAUACGCGAUGAAGUUAACCAAUCGAUCAUCAUCAGCGGCGAGAGUGGAGCAGGGAAAACCGAGACAGCUAAGAUAGCUAUGCAAUACUUGGCCGCUCUUGGAGGUGGAAGCGGGAUCGAAUAUGAGAUACUUAAGACUAAUCCCAUCUUGGAAGCAUUUGGAAAUGCAAAAACAUUGAGAAAUGAUAACUCUAGUCGUUUUGGGAAGCUGAUAGAGAUUCAUUUCAGUGAAAGUGGAAAGAUAUCGGGUGCUCAAGUUCAAACCUUUUUACUAGAAAAGUCUAGAGUGGUCCAAUGUGCUGAAGGGGAAAGGUCAUAUCAUAUCUUUUAUCAACUUUGUGCUGGGGCUUCAUCUGAACUCAGAGAGAAGCUAAAUCUGACAAGCGCAGAUGAGUAUAAAUAUUUGGGACAGAGUAAUUGUUAUUCAAUCAAUGGAGUUGAUGAUGCUGAACGUUUUCAUACUGUUAAGGAAGCUCUGGACAUUGUUCAUGUUAGUAAAGAAGAUCAAGAAAGUGUAUUCGCGAUGCUUGCUGCAGUAUUAUGGCUGGGGAAUGUUUCCUUCACCGUAAUUGACAAUGAAAACCAUGUUGAACCUGUAGCAGAUGAAAGUUUGUCAACUGUUGCUAAAUUGAUUGGGUGCAACAUCAAUGAGCUUAAGCUAAGUUUAUCGAAACGUAACAUGAGGGUUGGAAAAGAUACCAUUGUGCAGAAGCUAACUCUACCGCAGGCCAUUGAUGCAAGAGAUGCUUUAGCAAAAUCUAUUUAUUCGUGCCUGUUUGACUGGCUGGUUGAACAGAUCAACAAAUCUCUUGCAGUGGGAAAGAGGCGAACCGGCAGAUCCAUCAGCAUUCUUGAUAUCUACGGCUUCGAAUCAUUUGAUAAAAAUAGCUUUGAGCAGUUCUGUAUAAAUUAUGCAAAUGAGAGAUUGCAGCAACACUUUAACCGUCAUCUAUUCAAGCUGGAGCAAGAGGAAUAUAUCCAGGAUGGCAUUGACUGGACAAGGGUUGAUUUUGAGGACAACCAACAUUGUCUUAGUCUCUUUGAAAAGAAACCAUUGGGGUUGCUCUCUCUUUUGGACGAGGAAUCUACAUUCCCGAAUGGCACAGAUUUGACACUUGCAAACAAGCUAAAACAGCAUCUACACUCUAAUUCAUGUUUCAGAGGAGAUCGAGAGAAGCUUUUCACAGUUGAGCAUUAUGCAGGAGAGGUUACAUAUGAUACAACUGGAUUUCUAGAGAAGAACAGAGACUUGUUGCAUUUGGAUUCUAUUCAACUUUUGUCCUCUUGUUCCUGCCACCUUCCUCAAGUAUUUGCUUCUAGCAUGCUUAUCCAAUCGGAAAAACCUGUCGUCGGUCCUUUAUACAAAGCAGGUGGUGCUGAUUCCCAGCGGUUGAGUGUAGCUACUAAAUUUAAGGGUCAACUCUUCCAAUUGAUGCAACGUUUAGGGAACACUACCCCGCAUUUCAUUCGCUGCAUAAAGCCAAAUAACCUUCAGUCUCCUGGGUUGUAUGAGCAAGGGCUUGUCUUACAGCAGCUAAGAUGUUGUGGGGUCCUAGAAGUGGUUCGAAUUUCACGUUCUGGAUUUCCUACAAGAAUGUCUCAUCAAAAAUUUGCCCGAAGGUAUGGUUUCCUUCUGGUGGAGAACAUUGCUGAUAAAGAUCCUCUAAGUGUUUCAGUUGCAAUUCUCCAUCAGUUUAACAUCUUGCCAGAGAUGUAUCAAGUUGGCUACACAAAAUUGUUUUUCAGAACUGGCCAGAUUGGGGUUCUUGAAGAUACAAGGAACCGUACUCUCCAUGGAAUCUUACGUGUCCAAAGCUCUUUUAGAGGAUACCAAGCACGUCGUCGCUUGAAGGAGCUUAAAAUGGGAAUUUCAGUUCUUCAGACAUUUAUUCGUGGAGAGAGAAUAAGAAAAGAGUUUGCCGAGUUACGAAGGAGGCAUAGGGCUGCUGCUACUAUACAAAGCCAAGUUAAAAGCAAGAUUGCUAGGCAACAGUAUAAGGGCAUAACCGACGCAUCGGUUGUGAUACAAACAGCAAUUCGUGGCUGGUUGGUUAGGAGAUGCUCAGGGGAUAUUGGAUGGCUAAAAUCUGAAGGCACUAAGACAAAUGAGGCAGGCGAGGUGCUAGUGAAGGCAACGGUACUUUCGGAGCUUCAACGCAGGGUUCUUAAAGCUGAAGCUGCUCUGCGUGAGAAAGAAGAGGAGAACGACAUUCUUCAACAGAGGCUUCAACAGUAUGAGAACCGGUGGUCAGAAUACGAGACAAAGAUGAAAUCAAUGGAAGAAAUCUGGCAAAAGCAAAUGCGGUCGUUGCAAUCCAGUCUUUCCAUAGCAAAGAAAAGCCUAGCGGUCGAGGACUCGGCGAGAAACUCUGAUGCAUCGGUCAAUGCAAGCGACGCAACAGAUUGGGAUUCAAGCAGUAAUCAUUUCAGGAGCCAGACGAGCAAUGGAGGAGGGUCUAGACAACAACAACCUAUGAGUGCUGGUCUUAGCGUGAUUGGGAGGUUAGCAGAGGAAUUCGAACAGAGAGCUCAAGUGUUUGGUGAUGACGCCAAGUUCUUGGUGGAAGUGAAGUCUGGUCAGGUGGAAGCAAACUUGAAUCCAGACCGAGAGCUGAGGAGGCUGAAACAGAUGUUUGAGACGUGGAAAAAAGAUUAUGGAGGGAGAUUACGGGAAACGAAGCUGAUACUGAGCAAGCUUGGGAGCGAAGAGGGCAGUGGUUCGAUGGAGAAGGUGAAGAGGAAGUGGUGGGGAAGGAGAAAUAGCACCAGGUAUUGAUUCUCAUGGAAGAGAAGACUAUAAUUCUUACAGGCAAACAUUGGUCGUUUGCCAUUUAAGGAUUUGACGGGUUUUUUUAUAUAUGGUGAAGAUAAGUAGUUGAUGGUGUUCUUGAAACAAUACACAUAUUUGCCUCUCAAUGUGAAGGAUUCUAUUCUAUCAUCAUACAAACUAUUACUUCAGUUUGUAAAUUUCUUCGUUUCUGGAGUAGUUUUUAAAUA